CCUGACUGCCCCCCCUCCCAUUCCUGCUCCGCUUCGUCCCAGUCGCCGGCCUCGCCAGCUUGAAGCGGGCUGCAGCAGCAGGCUAACGCAGCUGCUGCCACUGCCAACGCUUCCAUUUAUUUCCUUCACUUGACGGAGCUUUUUUUUUUUGAGGGGGACAAUUUGUCCGACCAUUUUGAGGCCUUUAGAUGCCGAGGUUGGCUAGCUUAGAGAAGCUAGCAGUGGCUAGCUUCUCUCUGGGCUAUCAUCAUCAUCAUCGCUGUUAAAGAACUCGUCUUUUCGCUCUUCGCCCCCAUUCAGCCCUUGACGUGUGGUGUCGCGUCUACCGUGAGCGGUCCUUCGUAUACCCGUGGAGUUGACAACAACUUGUGUGCGGUUGGCGUGUUUUUUAAUUGGUGUUGUUUUUAUGUAGGUCAAUGUCGCUGAGAGAUGUGGGUCAUCGCCGCUUAGCAACACGGCUAACUGCUAACUCAGAGCGUUGUUUUUGUUUUGAUUUUUUUUUGUUACCCCAAAAUAACCCAGCUUGCAGUUAGCUUGUUAGGAACCCGACUAACUGCUAACUAAAAGUUAGCAGUUAACUAAUAGUUAUUUUUGGUAUGUAUUUUUUGUUAGCUCAGUAACCGAGCAUAUUUUUAGCUUCUAGCAAUACGGCUAACUGUUAUCUCAAUCAGACGGUGUUAGCUCAUAGUUUCGCAUCUUUCUUUUGCAUAAUGAGUAACUCGGCUCAAUCUGAACUCCUUAGCAACACGGCUAAGUGUUAAGUCAUAUUUUUUACAUUUCUUUUUAGCUCAUAGACACUCAGCUAAAUGUGAUUUCUUAAGCAGUGUUAUUUCCUUAUCAACACAGCUACCCCCAAAUUUUAAGCAUUUUAAAAAUAAUCGUUGUCUCCCAAAAUAACAUCAACUAUGUCCUUUUGAUUUACAUUGAUACAUAUUUAUAUUUUAUACCCAUUUAAAAUAUUAGUUUCUCCUAAUUAUGACACUGACUUUAGUGCUAGUGGUUAGCAUUUAGUUGCAUUAAUCAAAGUGUUCAUUUAAAAAAAAAACACACCAUUUUUUAAAUAAAUUUGCGCGAUUAAAUGUAAGCCGUGGCACCUUGGCGGAGGUGGUGGGUCAUGUGCAGCUUGCAACAGUGACCCCUCUUCGUCUAGCCAGCCAGCAGGAGGUGCAGGAGGAAGUGGAGGGGCAGCUCCAAGAAUGGCUUUCCACGGUGCAGGACGCCAAACACUUUGCAGUGACCUGUUCUCUGGUCCCGACUUGGCCCACAAGUACUUCUACGUCAAUUCGUCUUGCGGGGCCCCCUCGGCUGCCCUCAGCGCCACUCCGUGCGUCAGCGGACCUCCCGCCGCUCCUGCCGGGACCCCCCGGCACCCAAAUGCCCUUGGAGGCAGUGCAGGCGGGGGAGCCGCUGUGCCGCAGCCGUACAGCAACCCGGCCAGUGAGGUGCCCAGCCCAGCUGAGAUGGAGCCCGAUCGGCCCAUUGGAUAUGGAGCUUUUGGUGUGGUCUGGUCGGUGACGGACCCUCGAGACGGCCGCAAGGUGGCGCUGAAGAAGAUGCCCAACGUCUUCCAGAACCUGGUGUCGUGCAAGCGUGUCUUCCGGGAGCUGCGUAUGCUGUGCUUUUUCAAACAUGACAACGUGCUGUCGGCGUUAGACAUCUUACAGCCGCCGCAGAUCGACUGUUUCGAGGAGAUCUAUGUCAUCACGGAGCUGAUGCAAAGCGACCUUCACAAGGUCAUUGUGUCCCCUCAGCCACUCACCAGCGACCACAUCAAGGUCUUCCUCUACCAGAUCCUACGAGGCCUCAAGUAUCUCCAUUCUGCUGGCAUUCUGCACCGCGACAUCAAACCUGGGAACCUUCUGGUCAACAGCAACUGCCUGCUCAAGAUUUGCGAUUUUGGUCUGGCGCGCGUUGAGGAGCCAGACCCGUCGCGUCACAUGACUCAGGAGGUGGUGACGCAGUACUACAGAGCACCCGAGGUCUUGAUGGGCUGCCGCCAUUACGGCUCGGCCAUCGACGUGUGGUCGGUGGGCUGCAUCUUUGCUGAGCUGCUGGGCCGCCGCAUCCUUUUCCAGGCGCAGAGUCCCAUCCAGCAGCUGGACCUGAUCACGGACCUGCUGGGAACGCCGCCGCUGUCUGCCCUGGCAUUGGCCUGCGAGGGCGCCCGGGCUCACAUCCUGCGUGGGCCACACAAACCCCCGUCAUUGUCGGUGUUGUACAUGCUAUCGGAUGGCGCCACCCAUGAGGCGGUGCACCUGCUGUGUCGCAUGCUGGUUUUCGACCCGGCCAAGCGCAUCUCUGGCGGUGAUGCGCUAUCGCACCCGUACCUGGAUGAAGGCCGCCUGCGCUACCACACGUGCAUGUGCCAGUGCUGCUACUCGGUGCCCAGCGGCCGCGUCUACACCCGAGACUUUGAGCCGGCCGCCGAACGGCCCUUCAGCCACAGCUCCGAGAACAGCCUGCUGUCCGUGUGGCAGGGCAAAGAGUUGAUCCAUCGCUUCAUCACGGAGCACCAGCAAGGCAAGCGAGUCCCGCUGUGCAUCAACCCGCAGAGCGCCGCGUUCAAGACCUUCAUCAGGUCCACCGCCUGGCACUCGUCCAAGGUGUCCCGCAAGGAGGAGAGAUGAGCAACCGUUCCUUCCUCUAACGCUUUCUCCUCCUUUUUCUCCUCGCCGCCUCAACCAACCUUGAUGUCCACUUUUCCCGCACGUGAACAAAAGAGAGUGGCGGCGACAGGCUCCGCCCAAUGUGGCGGCAUCACAGGUGCUGAGGACAGAAAGGAAAAAAAAAGCUUCUGCUGCUGAAAAGAAAAAAGGUUUAGUGAGUAGAAAUGUUGAUUUUUGGUUGGCUUUAGCAUUCUACACGCUCCAUGUAGCAGAGUGUCGUAUAGCACCCCUUCCUGGUGUCCACACACUCCUUACGCUCGGCAGCAGAGAAUGCUGGGAAAUCUUUCCACCGUCAUUCCUUUUGCGUGUUUUGUUUUUAGGACAGAAAGUGCAAUGUUUGUUCACGCAAUGAGUGAAUGUGAGUGUGUGCGUGUAUGUGUGAGUUUUUAAGUUAUUGCAUAAGAAUGGGCGCCUGAACUUGAGGCCCCGCCCACACCCGCCACUACAGCGCCUUUCUUCUGGCCCACUCGUCUCAGCGCUGGUGUUUGAUUUCUCGAUAUGUCCUGUGAGUAUGGAAAGCCGCUUGAGCAUUUCCAACUACCGGUAGUAAGCCCUCUCCUCACUAGGAAAGAACAACUGUCUUACUACUACUGUUUUUUCCACUAGUGCCACUUUGGGCCUACUAGUACAACCUUACGCUUUGUUAUUGAAGGCAUUUUGCCCACAAUGUUCUCUUUUCUGGCCCCAAACCGUGUGUGACAUGCGCAAAAAUAUACCAACUAGUGCUCAUGAAAUGGGUAUAAAGUGUGCAUCAAAUACAAAUUUGUGGCCAUGAAAUUCUACGUCUGUGGUCACGAAAUGUGUACUGAGGUACUCAUUUGCAAAAAAAAGGGAAAAAAACGAGAUUGAAGAUGUACUUUACAGCAAGCCUCCGCCAACUGCGUGUCGCCAAUACUCGAUUUCUGCCCUGCCUCUUCUCACCAAAUUAGUCGGGCAGUGAUGCACUGCAGACUGUGGAGUGGAACCAUGAAAGGGUAUGGCUCGCGCAAUCGGCGGCUAAGGAAACAGCGGCCAAUGACAGACGCUGACCACUAUUAUGUGGAUUUUGCCUUCAAAAUCCAGAGUCUCUUAAGUCCAGGUUUAACUGUACUGUACUGACAAAUUUAGUUUGAUCUAAAAUCUAAAAAGAUGCGUCCCUGCCAUCUGCUGGCGGUUACAUAUCACUAAAGUUGUUUCCAAACUUUAAAUUCACAGUAGGGCAGCUUCAGAUGGUUGCAAAAGGGAAUUGAUGAGGACGCUCAUCAAUGGCAGGGAAUGAUUCAAGCAGGAUAUUAAUGACAUGAAAUCAGUGCUCAAGGGAGUUUCCGCAUAUAAGCAAAUAAAUGCCGGCGCGGCUCUUGUUCCUGUUGUGAUCUCACCACGCUGCCGUGAAAGCGCCACAAGGCAGGUUGGAAGCGCCACAACAUUCCGGAAUCCUCUGUCUGCUUCUCCGUAUGCACUUGAGUGGCUAAGAAAGACGAUGAAACAAAUAUUUCAUCAAGUCUUUUGCAUUCAAAGAGACUCCUCCUCGGAGGCGGAGGCGUGUUUGAGGAAGUUGCCGCUUCCACUGUUCCUUGGCCACUGCAGGAACUUUUGCCAGGAAUCUUCUGGAUCUCAGGAAGUUGAAAUGCCUGCACAGGCCCCCAACCAGUGUCAACUUCUCAUCUUCCCUCCUCCUGAUUUCAUGUUUGCUUUUGUCUAAUUUCCCCCAACCACCACUUGGCGAGUGUGCGACUAUAAUGCGAUGCGUUUGCGUGUACGCUUUUAUUUCUUGUACACCUGCAUACUCACGUGAACUUUGACAGGUUCUUGAAGGCUAUCACAAAUGUUUUCUUUUCCCUCUUUGGUCAAUUCGAACCACUGAAAUCACUUUUACUCCGCCCACCCCGCCCAGCCAAAAAGUCAAUUGUGUAUAAAAGGAUGUCUGCCGUUCCAAAUGACUGUUUACAGAGCCCCAGACUUGACAUGGGGAAAAAAAAUAUUGUGGCCAAUAUAAUUGCAACGUGUCUAUGAAAUGCCUAAUUAUGGCCAUGAAAUAGGUUACUAAAAGUUUAUUGAACAUGUUGAUUCAAAAAAGAAUAAAAAUGGAUUCUGUAAUCCAUAAAUGAGAUUCUCACCAAUAAAACAAUGAGCUGAAUAUGAAUCACAGUUUAAAAGGUCAUUAAAAUGUUUUUUUUAAUGCAAGCUCCUACAUUUGCUGAUAUCGUUUGCAGUAACCAGUCUCUUUCGUUAACUUAAGUUUCUGUCAAAAACUUUCAUACAAAAUAAUUUGUGGCCAUGAAAUACAAAAUGUUGGUAAUAAUAUACCAAUUAGUGACCACAAUAUAGUAUAUAUCUAAAUAUUAGACCAAUUCGUGGCCACAAAAAAACAAAAAACGUCUUCACAUACUAAUUGAACAACACAGAUGGCUCAGUAAGCAAAUGGAGUGCACCUUUUGCGAGAAACUGCAAUUUGAGGUUUUACAGGGGGUGCGCUCGAUUUGCUUACUAUGCAACGGUCCACGAAAAUCAUUUUGCGGCCACAAUUGAGCAUUUUUUUCACGUUGUAUGACUAUUGUGGCCACGUUUUAAUGAACCCCCCCCCCCCAAUCAUGUCCUUGGCCGCGUACCUUUUUGAAGUAAUUAUGAAGUGUAUUUUUAGCUGGUUAGCGCUAUUCUGUCAACGGAAGGCCAAGCGGCUCGCCGAGAAACAUUUCGGACUAUGCCGCUCGGCUCUCUCGGUUGGCAUGUUUGUUUACUGGUGUUGAUUCAGUAUGACGCUCAUGUUUGAAAAAGUGUUUUAGCUGACUUGUUUUCUUGUUUUGACAAAUACUUGAAGUUAGCGUAGAGAGUGAUGAUCAAUAAAAAUGACACUGGAA